CGGGUUGUUAAUCGAAUCCAGCUCCAUAUAAUACUCGUAGGUGUCCUCGCACUCCAGCUCCUUACAAAACGAGAUGUUAGCUCUUCAAACCCUGGUACUUAUCUUCCUUGUGCCUGGCUUUGCUUGGGCUGAGGACGAUCACUACCGGUUGCCCUCUGCCCUGGAGCCCCAGCACUAUGACCUGCGCGUUUUGACCCACUUGGAUGGAGGGCAGCAGAGGUUCGAGGGAUCCGUCAAAAUUCGCCUACUGGCCCGCGAAGCCACACGGAACAUCACACUUCAUGUCAGAAAUCUGGACUUGAUUGAUGAUCGCACAUCGGUGACCUCCAGGGAGGAAACAAACUGUGUAGUCUCAAGGGAGACAGACGACGUAUACGACUUCUAUACCCUUCACUUGUGUGAGGAACUGAGAGCCGGAGAGGUCUACCAGUUGGAGAUGCACUUCAGGGCGGAGCUCGACUCGAACUCGGGCUACUAUAGGAGUAACUACACUGAUCCCGACACCAAAGAAGUGCACCACAUGGCGGUGACCCAAUUCUCGCCGACCUUUGCCCGACAGGCGUUUCCCUGCUUUGACGAGCCCUCCUGGAAGUCCACUUUUGACAUAACUCUGGGCUUCCAUCGGAACUAUACGGGUCUCAGCAACAUGCCAGUUCAAAAGUGCCUGCCCCACGACAGCUUGAAGGACUAUACUUGGUGCCAGUAUGAACCCCUCCUGAGAACCUCAACCUAUUUGGUGGCCUACGCCGUCCAUGAUCUAAGGAAUGCGGCCACUGUCGAGAGCAAAACUAGGAACAGGGUGACUUUUGGGAACUGGAUGCAGCCCAAGUUUGUGAAUAAGAAUCAUUUCUUCGUCCCAAUGGCACCGAAAGCGCUGGAGUUCCUGGAGGAGCUCUUCAACCUGAGCUUUCCUUUGAGAAAAGUCGACCAACUGAUAGUGCCCUAUCACCGGUUUCCGGCCAUGGAGAACUGGGGGCUGGUGACGUUCAACGAGCUCAAUAUAGUCCACACCCCAGAUGAUGUUUCGGUUGAGACGCACAAGAGGAAUGCAUUUACACUGGCCCACGAGUAUGCACAUCAGUGGUUCGGCAACAUGGUCACCAUGAAGUGGUGGGAUGAUCUCUGGCUGAAAGAAGGUCCAUCCACGUACUUUGGAUACCUGGCACUGGAUGCAUUGGAGCCCCAGUUGAGGCGGGGUGAACGGUUCAUACAAGACGACUUGGCCUACUUCUUUAAGAAGGAUUCAGGCUCCUCCGUGCCAGCCAUGUCCAAAGAAGUUAGAGAUCCCAACGCAAUACUUGGACAGUUCACGGAGUAUGUUUACAAAAAAGGAUCUCUUAUCGUUCGCAUGCUCCACAAGAUACUCGGAUCGGAUGUCUUCUUCAGUGGCACUCGUUCCUUUUUGAAAAAGUAUGCCCUGAAGAACGUGGAUCAGAGGAAUCUCUGGGAAGCCUUUCAGGAGGUGGCUGUGAGUGGUAAGGUUAUCUCCGAGGACUUUAACCUAAGCAGAGCAAUGGACUCCUGGACUCUGCAAGGUGGCUAUCCACUAGUAACGGUCAUUCGGGACUACGAGUCAGGCAAGAUAAGCCUCAACCAGACCAGAUUCCUUCUUGGCCAAGAAAAGGAGAAUAUUACUUCGUGCUGGUGGGUGCCCCUGAGAUUCGUUCGGCAGGGGGCUUUGGACUUUAGCCAGACUAGUCCCGAAUCAUGGCUAGGGUGUCCGAGCUCUGACACGACUAUAAAGCUAUCCGAUCCUCCAGGACCCGAUGAGUGGCUGAUUCUAAAUCCCCAGGUCAGCACCAUAUUCCGCGUCAACUACGACGAUCACAACUGGCGUUUGAUAAAAGACAGCCUCAACCAGGACCAAUCCUUUGGAGGAAUCCACGAGCUGAACAGAGCCCAACUGCUGGAUGACCUGGCCGCCCUCGCAUCUGUUCGAAUCCGGAAGUAUGAUGAGGUGUUUGAUCUUUUGGAAUACCUAAAGAAUGAACCAAACCGACUGCCCUGGGACAGAGCCGUUCAGGUUUUAGAAAGGCUAGGAGCUUUGUUGAGUGGUCAGGAGGAGCUUGACUUUAAGACAUACAUGAAGAAGCUCAUCCUACCGCUUUAUAAGCGCUUUCCGAAACUUGCGUUGGCUUCACGCAGACCUCCAUCUCCCAAGGACGUUCCCUUUCAUCGUUUUGUAUAUUCCCAGGCCUGUCGCUUUGGAGUUGAGGACUGCCUCCUUCAGGCCAGGUUGCUGACACUGUCUCAUCGCAAUGGCACUCAGCUGGAAGUGCCCUCCAAUUUCCGGGAGGUGGCUUACUGCUCCGUGCUGGAAAACGGUGGCCAGGCCGAGUUCUCAGAAGUAUUCCAGCUCUUCCAAAGCUCAACCGAUGCAGCUGAGCAGAGUACCUGGGCCUCUGCCCUCGGAUGCUGUCCCAAUUUUGAGCUAUUCGAGCAGUUCCUCAACUUUACUCUGCAAUCCAAUGAGAAAUCUAUCAGCGAUUGCUACAUGUUGGCCGUGAAGAAGGCUUUAAAUCGGAGGACAUUGGCUCCCCAGACGGCACAACAUAUCAUGAGCCAAGCCAAGUUGCUGGGUCAAAAGUUUAAGAUGAGGGACCUCACCAGUCUCCUGGUCAGUUUGGCUGAGAAUCUUCAGAAGCCCGAGGCGUUGGAGGAGCUGAGUGCGAGCCUGAAGGAUAUGAAAGAGUUUGAGAAGCCUCUGGAGAUGGCCCUUAACCUGGCCAAGACGAACCUGGUGUGGCAAAAGGAGUGCUCCAGUGACUUUAGUCAGGCCCUAAGAAAGCAUAUCUAAGAUGACUCUAACCUACUAUUUCUAGUUUAAAAUUUUAUAUAUUUUGUAUUAAAAAAAAGGACGUGUUUCUGGUAUUAAUUGAAGAA